GUCGUGCUUACGCAUCUGUUCUCCAUUGGAUAAGGCAGCAGCAAUACGCGUAAGACCCCGUAUUUUUUUAUUAUUUCGUGCUGACGUUUACCGAAAGGCCUUAUACACAUGAUGCAGGCGACUCGCUUUGCUCUCAACUCGGUCGCCAUCCAGCAGGCGACGGCGGCGGCGCGGCGCGUGAUGGACCACCCGCAGAACUACACCACCCACCUCCUCAGCACCGUCCUCUUCUCGCCUGAUCUCAUUCGCGAGCGACCGGAGGGGACGCUCGUCUUUCCCUGGAGGCCGGAGCAGGGCUGCCGCAACGGGUUUAAGUCGGUGCACGGCGGCGCCAUCUCCACUCUGGCCGAUGCCUUCACUAAAAUGCACGUCCGCGCGUACCUCCCGGAUAAGCCCGUCAAGUCUGUCAGCUUUGACAUCAGUUUCCUGUCUGCCGUCUUUGAAAACACAAAGUGCAGCUGUGUGACGCGGUUGGUGCACCAGUCCAACGACAUUGUUUUUACGGACUUCUCGUUCGAGGAUGAAGACAGUGGUGCGGUCUACGCACGUGGCACUCACGUCUUGUCGACGGGCGAGUAG